GUGGAAGCCGUGCUGAUUAGCAAAAACCAAGCCGAAGUGGACUACGGCGAGAUACCCUCUGAAUUCCUUGACACUUUAAUGGACACGUUGAUGGAAGAUCCGGUAAUGUUACCUGGCUCCAGAGCCAUCAUGGACAAGGCGAUGAUAAUGCGCCACUUGCUCAAUUCGGAGACAGACCCAUUCAAUAGGCAGCCCUUGCAAGAAGGGGACCUCAUUCCAUUGCCAGAAUUGAAAACACGUAUUGAGGCUUGGAAACGAGAGAAGGAGGCCGGAUGGAGGGCUGAACGUGCCGAUCGAAAGCAGACGGAUUGA